UAUUUGCCUUCAUGGUAUCAGAUUAGGGUUUUCUUGAUCCUCUCCUAUGGCGCCGUCAGAGCCCUCCGCCGCUGAUCUCGCGGCCGCUGCCGCCGAGGCCACCGCCAAGGCCGCUCUCUGGGCGCUCGCGGCCGCACUCCCCAGCAUCCGUGCCGUCGUGCCGGUCACCCUCGAGCUUUCAACCUCCAACUACCUCCAAUGGCGCGGCAUGUUCUCCGACGCUGUUGAGAAGUACGCCCUCGAGGAUCAUCUCCUCGAGGAUGCCUACCCCACGGACCCCCCGCCACAGUGGGUCCGCAACGACGCCAUCGUCCGGUCAUGGCUCAACAGCGCCGUCGCGCCCGAGCUUCUCGCCAUGAUCGUUGACACCACGACGCCACUGCCUGCACACGCCUUGUGGACGCGCCUCUCCAACAUCUACCACGACAACGCGGACACCCGCUCCUCCUACCUCGAGCAAGAGUUCCACGGUCUCCAACAGGGCUCCCUGACCGUGGCUGAUUACUGUCGCAAGCAGAAGGUUCUCGCCGACGAGCUCAAUGCGCUGGGCACGACCAUCACUGACAAACGCCUAGUCCAGAACACGCUUCGCGGUCUUGGACCUCGGCUUGCGUACAUGCGCACGUUGCUCCUGAAACAGCGUCCCCUUCCGCCGUUUCUCGACGUCCGCUCAUCUCUACUACUCGAGGAGCUCACGUUGCAGCAGCAGUCCGAGUCAUCCUCGACCCUGUCUGUCUUCGUCGCGCGCGGAGCCCCCACACCUCCACCACCGCGUGGCCCUGCCGAAAAUACGGGACCUCCGCGGCGCCCGGAAGUCUGCCGCAACUUCCAGCGCUUUGGAACCUGUCGCUUUGGCGCACGGUGCCGUUACGUCCACUCAGCGUCUCCCCAACAACGCGGUGGCACCCCCAACACAUCCGGGAAGGGACCGCAGGCUCCCUGGCCGUCGAUGCAGAACCCUUGGGCUGGGUCAAUCCAGAUGUGGCCAGGACCACCGCCACGGCCACCUCCUCUUGGCCUGCCUCAGGCUCAUCAUGCUAUGCUAUCGGCGCCACCUCCAUGGCCCUAUAGCUCUACAUCACCGAUGCCAUGGCCACCGGGAGCAGCUAUACCAUGGACGCCAGGAGCGACGCCAUCCGCCCCGCCACCUGCACCCACAUACAAUCCAACCGCACCACCGCCAUCCUUCGACCAAGCCCAACUCAUGCAGGCUUUCAACACCAUGUCCCUGACACCACCAUCCUCGAAUGAGUGGUUCAUGGACUCAGGCGCCUCCGCUCACAUGACCGGCAAUCAGGGACUUCCGCACCAAGAACGAGAUCGUCAGGUGCAAUAGUUCCGGUGACCUCUACCCCCUCUGGUUGCCGGCCUCCACUGCGCACGCACUCUCCACCACCACAUCAUCAGCAACCUUGUGGCAUCGUCGUCUAGGACAUCUUAGUAGUCAAGCUUUGUCGCACCUAGCAAGUGCUUUUUCUUUUCCUUGUAAUAAAAAUGCUACUGAUAAUCAGUUAUGUCAUGCUUGUCAAUUAGGAAAACAUGUACGUCUACCUUUUGAUUCAUCAUCUACUCACACUACUCGACCUUUUCAACUAAUCCAUUGCGAUUUGUGGACUUCCCCUCUUCCUAGUGUAUCCGGUUACAAAUACUACCUAGUUGUGUUAGAUGAUUUCACUCAUUACCUUUGGACUUUUCCCUUACGCAUGAAAUCUGAAACUUUCCCAACACUCAAAAACUUCUUCGCCUAUGUAUCCACUCAGUUUCAUACAACAGUCCAAUCCCUACAGUGUGACAAUGGUCGUGAAUUUGACAAUACUGCUGCCCGCACAUUUCUCAUGUCCCUUGGUGCCACUCUACGCAUAUCUUGCCCAUACACAUCCCCCCAAAACGGUAAAGCCGAGCGUGUCAUUCGCUCUACAAACAACAUGGUUAGAUCACUUCUUU